AUGGAAGCAGAUACAUGGGUCAAUGGAACAGCCGUUACUGAAUUCAUUUUGUUGGGAUUGGUAGAAACACCAGGGUUGAAACCCCUUGUCUUUGUACUUUUCCUGUUUGCCUACAUGGUCACAGUUGGAGGCAACCUGAGCAUCCUGGCAGCCAUCUUGGCUGAACCCAAACUCCACACUCCCAUGUACUUCUUCCUGGGGAACCUGUCAGUGCUGGAUGUUGGCUGCAUCACUGUCACUGUUCCCUCAAUGUUGAGUCGUCUCCUGACCCACAAACAUGAGGUCCGCUAUGGAGCCUGCCUUACACAGCUCUUCUUCUUCCAUCAGUUGGCUGGUGUAGACUGUUUCCUGUUGACCGCCAUGGCCUAUGACCGCUUCCUAGCCAUCUGCAGACCUCUUACCUAUAGCACCCGCAUGAGCCAGGCAGUUCAGAGAACACUGGUUGCUGUGUCUUGGGCUUGCGCUUUCACCAAUGCACUGACACACACUGUGGCCAUAUCCACACUCAACUUCUGUGGCCCCAAUGUCAUCAAUCACUUCUACUGUGACCUCCCACAACUGUUUCAGCUCUCCUGCUCUAGCACCCAACUCAACGAGCUGUUGCUAUUUGGUCUGGGUAUCCUUAUGGCAGGUGCACCUGUAAUUCUCAUUGUCACUUCUUACAUCCACGUGGCAGCUGCUGUGUUGCGAAUACGUUCUGCUGAAGGCAGAAAGAAGGCUUUCUCCACAUGUGGAUCUCACCUUACUGUAGUGGGCAUCUUCUACGGGACAGGCGUCUUCAGCUACAUGAGGCUCGGGUCAGUGGAGGCUUCAGACAAAGACAAGGGGAUUGGCAUCCUCAACACUGUAAUUAGCCCCAUGCUGAACCCACUCAUCUAUAGCCUCAGGAACCCUGAUGUGCAGGGUGCACUGUGGCGGGUGCUCACAGGAAAGCGAGCCCUUACGUGA